GCCAACUGUACUUCCCAUAACAACAGCACGGCGGGGCCACCUCGCCUUUCCCCCUUUUUUAUUGAUUUAUGCUGAUCCAGGUAAAGCCCGUCAUUGCCGUUACCUUCACUACUCCAUCCCACCUUUGUCGCCUCCCCCCAGCAGAGAAGAAUCGCCCUCUCCCGUCUCUCCCUCUCAUCAACGCCAAUAUACCAAAAUCCUCUUCGUCCUCUUCCGUGACAGAGUCUACCAGACUAUACCACAGUUUCUCUCCCAGGCGUCUCGUCGCCAUUGACACGCCAAGAUGACGCUCUACUACACGCUGGUCUUCGUGCUCCUCGUAGCCGAGAUGUCGCUCUUCAUGCUCCUCAUCGUCCCCAUGCCCUUUACUGUCCGCAGGAAGAUGUUUACCUUCCUGUCCGAGAACACCAUUGUUGCCAAGCUACAGUACUGGUUGAAGAUCACCUUCGUCUUCAUCCUCAUACUCUUCCUCGACAGCGUCAACCGAGUCUACCGUGUACAGCUCGAGCUAGCCGCCGCUAGUGAGGCAAGUAAGGGUGCUGCAGCGGUCAUGGGCCACGAGCGUCUCGAAGUGCAGGCCCGCAAAUUCUAUAGCCAACGCAACAUGUACCUGUGCGGGUUCACGCUGUUCCUGUCGCUGAUCCUUAACCGCACCUACAUCAUGAUCCUCGAAGUGCUGCGGCUGGAGGAGAAGGUUAAGCAGUACGAGGGCACCGACCGCAAGACCAAAGAGAGCGAGAAGCUGGCCGUCGCGGGCAAGCCCGGCGAGAUCGCCCGCCUCCAGGCCGAGAUCGACAAGCGCGACCGCAACAUCGAGACCCUUAAGAAGCAGGCCGAAGGCCUCUCCCGCGAAUACAACAAUCUCUGCGAGAAGUACGGCGAGACCCUACCCCCCGCCGGCACGCGCAAGGACAAAUAAAAGUAUACGAGGCCUACCACUACCUCGAUCUCCUCCCACCCCGCUCAACGAGUACUUAUCCUGCAAGGCAUAGGGUAUUAUUUAUUUUACUUUCUCCACCGUGGUCAACGAGGAUAGGUUAGGGGUAUGAGAAAAAAAGGAUUUCGGAAUUUUCGUCAGUGGCGUCGUCUAGGAGAAGGGGGCCCUCGGGCUUCUCCAAACUCCGAGGGCAUGUGGUACUGAUAUGGGAAUAAGUCUGAAAUAGAUGGAGAAGGGAGAGGACAGGGAUAUUUCUUGUGACUCGGGACGGGCGAAUUGACCCCAUCGCGGCAUCCAAUAUGAGACUCAAGACGUGGUGUAAGCGUGAUUUUACACGGAAUCUGAUGGCCCCCUCCCUCCCUGCCUGUGGCAUCGCGGGAUCCCACUCCGUUGUGUGUAGGUAUGCUAUGCUAUAGAGGGUGAACAUGCAAAAGUGUGCUUAUACACAAUCCUCACCCCUUUUUUUUUCUUUCCUCCUUACGUCUGUCCCGCUCUGUCUACUUGGCAGUGCACCACCGCUCUCAUCGAUAAUCAGCUCUGUCUGCCCGCCCGUAUUAACCCCCUCCCGGAAAGACAGGCGCCUGCUCCUGAU